GGCGCUCUGGAGUCGGGACGAGUCCCAGCCGUACGACAAAAUGGCGGCUUCAGUUGCUGAGGGGCGCGCGGCGGGAAUUAGCCCGCCCCUAGGGGUCAGGCGGAAGGCAAGCCUCACACUAUGCGGCCGGCGCUGGAGGCGUUCGGGGGUCGGCUACCGUCACUUCCGGCCGCUGGGGGCCUGGGUUCCGUACGACAACAUGGCCGCGCUUAGGUGCCUGGAGGGGGAAACUGCGACUUCCGGUCCAGAAUAGGGCCUGCGGUGGGAGGGGGAAGGAAAGAGGAGGGGACCAUGCGAGCUUCUGCUGUCCUCGCUGAGGGUCUCCCCGAGAGGCCGUUUCUGAGCAGGAGUUACCAAGUCCCCAGCACUCUCUCCCUCCGGGGGAUCUGAUCCUCCAUGGCCGCCGAUAACAGCAUCAUUGUGCUGGAUGAUGAUGACGAAGACGAAGCAGCGGUGCAGCCGGGGCCCUCGCACCCACCCCCCAAUCCGGCCUCACCCCCGGCUGACGCCCCUGCCUCCUCUCAGCCCCAUGGGGCUGGAGGGAACAGUAGUUCGGGCGGCAAGAAAUGCUACAAGUUGGAGAAUGAGAAGCUUUUUGAAGAGUUCCUUGAACUGUGCAAGGCGCAGACAGGGGACCAUCCUGAUGUGGUCCCGUUCCUCUGUAAACGGCAGCAGCGUGCCCACGCGCUGUUUUUGGCCUCAGCGGAGUUCUGCAACAUCCUCUCUCGGGUACUGUCUCGGGCCCAGAGCCGACCGGCUAAGCUCUACGUGUACAUCAAUGAGCUCUGCACUGUUCUCAAGGCUCACUCGGCCAAGAAAAAAAUGAACAUUGCCCCUGCGGCCACCACCUCUAGUGAGCCCUCUGGGAGUAACCCUCCUGCAGACCCCUCCUCAGACCCCACAAAUGCCGAGACCACCGGCUCUGAGGCCCCAAGGACCCGUGGCUCCCGGCGGCAGAUCCAGCGCUUGGAGCAACUGUUAGCGCUCUAUGUGGCAGAGAUUCGACGGCUGCAGGAAAAGGAGUUGGAUCUCCAAGAAUUGGAUGACCCAGACUCCACAUACCUGCAGGAGGCAAGGCUGAAGCGGAAGCUGAUCCGUCUCUUUGGGCGGCUGUGUGAGCUGAAAGACUGCUCUUCACUGACAGGCCGAGUCAUAGAGCAGCGCAUUCCCUACCGUGGCACCCGCUACCCAGAGGUUAACAGGCGCAUUGAGCGGCUCAUCAACAAGCCAGGGCCUGAUACCUUCCCUGACUAUGGAGAUGUGCUGCGGGCCGUGGAGAAGGCAGCUGUUCGGCACAGCCUUGGCCUCCCCCGACAGCAGCUCCAGCUCAUGGCUCAAGAUGCCUUUCGAGAUGUGGGCAUCAGAUUACAGGAGCGACGCCACCUUGAUCUCAUCUACAACUUUGGCUGUCAUCUCACAGAUGAUUAUAGGCCAGGCAUUGACCCUGCACUGUCAGACCCUGCCCUGGCCCGGCGCCUUAGGGAAAACCGGAGCUUGGCUAUGAGCCGACUGGAUGAAAUCAUCUCCAAAUAUGCGAUGAUGCAAGACAAGAGUGAGGAGGGCGAGAGACAGAAGAGAAAAGCCCGGCUCCCCCAAGCCACCUCUUCCCAUUCUCCAGAUCCCCCCAAAGCCUCCUUGGAUUCUGGUGAGGGCCCUAGUGGAAUGACAUCCCAGGAACACCCUACCUCCUCCAAGGCUGAGACAGAUGAUGAAGAAGAUGAGGAAAGUGAGGAAGAGGAGGACGAAGAGGAGGAGGAGGAGGAGGAGGAAGAGGAGGCAGAAGAGGAAGAGGAGGAAGAGGAGACUACAGAUUCCGACGAAGAGGGGGAUCUGGAACUGGUACUGGAAGGUCAGGAGGAGGAGGAGGAAGAGGAGGAAGAAGCAGAUAAGGAUGGAGACCAGAGCCCCAUGUGCCCACCACAGAUCUCCACCGAAAAGAACCUGGAACCUAGCAAAGGGAGCAGCAGAUCUUCAGGGGAGCAGCAAAACAAAGGACUCACAGUGUUACCAUCUUCGCCGUCGGAAGCACCCCUGGCCCUCUCCAGUGCAGAUGCUGGAAGCAAUGAAGACUCUCCGGAGGAGGUGCCCCAGGAGAAAGAGAGCCCUGUGUCUCAGGUCUUUGAGCUCGAGAUUGAAGCCUUGACUGUGGAUACCACCCCUUCCCCUGAGGAGGGGGACAUUUCCUCUUCCAGGAAGCAAUCAGAGGACCCCCUCACCACUGUUGUGGAGAAUGGAGCAGCCAUGGUCACCUCCACUUCCUUCAAUGGAGGUGUCUCUCCUCACACCUGGGGAGAUUCUAGUCCCCCCUGCAAGAAAUUUCGGAAGGAGGGGCAAACAGGAGCAGGACCUUUAGGAAGCAGCUAUGUGGAAGGGCAAAGGGAAGUACAUGAGAAGACUGGGAAGAAGAUAUGUACCCUGCCCAGCCCACAUUCCCCUUUGGCUUCCAUGGUACCAGUUGCUGAUUCCUCAACAAGAGUGGACUCUCCCAGCCAUGGCCUGGUGACCAGCUCCCUCUGCAGCCCAUCUCCAGCCCAGUUGUCCCUAACCCCCAAGUUACAACCUUCCCAGCCUAGCACUUUCAAGAUGAGUGUGGCCACACAGUGCGAUCCAGAGGAGGUCAUCGUGCUCUCAGACUCUGAUUAGCCUCCCCAUCACUCCCUGACUCCAGAAUGUUUGAGGAUAGGAUUUGGAAGCAGAUGACUGAGGAAGGGAUGGACUGAGCUAAUCCCGUUUUGGUGGUAUUUCUUUUAAAAAAACAAAAACCAAAAAAAAAAACACAA